CCCCUCUCCCCCGGACUGUGUGGCAUGCCUUUAGAUAUCAUGCAAGCCAGCCCUCGCAGUCUGCCUGUCUCUCCAGCAGACAGUCUGGUCAGCAGCGAGGAGGAGGCGGACAGGCAGCAGAAGCGAUACGACAGCAAGAGGAGGUACAGCAAGAAGAGCAGCGAGGACGGCAGCCCGAACCCCGGCAAGAGGAAUAAAAAAUCGAGCCCGAGCUCGCAGUCUUACGAAGAACUGCAGAGCCAAAGGAUCCUGGCGAACGUGAGGGAGCGCCAGAGAACGCAGUCGCUCAACGAGGCGUUUUCCUCCCUGAGGAAAAUCAUCCCCACCCUCCCCUCGGAUAAACUCAGCAAGAUCCAGACCCUCAAACUGGCCGCCAGGUACAUCGACUUCCUCUGUCAGGUCCUGCAAAGCGACGAGAUGGACCAAAAAAUGACGAGCUGCAGCUAUGUGGCCCACGAGAGACUGAGCUAUGCUUUCUCCGUGUGGAGAAUGGAGGGAGCCUGGUCCAUGUCCGCUACGCAUUAGCGUCCAAAACGGCGUUUAAGGUCGUUGGAGCCCUCGAUGGGGCUGGAGUUCAAUGAGAAUCCUUCCCUUCCCUUCCUACAGACGGCCCAGGAAGAAAUCUCAUCCACCUCUCAACCGAUACUCCCUGUGAACUCUGAGUAAAGAGUCCUUCCAGACUGCACAGUGACUUGAAAGGUUUCAGCAACAAGAAGCAAGAAAGUGUUGCUUUUUCUACACACAAAAGUAAAACAGACGUGAAAACUUCUCCCGGCAGAGCGGGAUGUGUGUGCGGUCAAUCUCACGGUGAAGUGACAAUGUCUGCAUUCAGGACAGUCGCUCGGAAUGGACGUAUUGGGAUCUUUCCACACAUUUAUGCUUUAGAAUUAAAAAAAUAGUCGUUUUCUGAGGUUAAUCAUCGCGACAAAUUGGGCCCAGACAGAUCGAGAAAAGCGAAAAAAAGAGAAUAAAAUAUCGGCACUCUGGUCACUGCAUGCUCGCCCUCAGUAACCCUGGAAUAAGCAAAGCUUCACAUUGUUAGCCUUUCUCUAUCGCGUGUAAAUCUUGCUAGUUUAUUUAUUAAAGUUUUGCCAUCGAA